CGUACGUUUUCAACCAUUUUUCUUCUAUUUUGUGUGAGAGAGAGAGAGAGAGAGAGAAGGAAAACGAGAGAACAAAAGCGACUCUUGCAAAUCUCAUGAACUGUGGAUUCGUGUUGGGUUUCUAUUGCUGGGAGAGGGAUACAUCCAGAGGUAAUAUUGUAUCGUUAUCGUCAUGGAGGCGAGCGGUGAUUAUAUUUCCGAGAAGAAGGGCCUGCUGUUGGAGUACGUGAGGAAGUCGACGCCGCCGCCGUUCCUGCUGAAGACGUACAUGCUCGUGGAAGACCCGGCGACGGACGAUGUGAUAUCGUGGAACGCCGACGGCACCGCCUUUGUCGUGUGGCAGCCGGCGGAGUUUGCGAGGGAUCUCCUCCCGACGCUCUUCAAGCACAGCAACUUCUCUAGCUUCGUGAGGCAGCUCAACACUUAUGGCUUUCGGAAAGUAGCGACGAGCCGAUGGGAGUUCUGCAACGACAUGUUCCGAAAGGGGGAGAGAGAGCUGCUCUGCGAAAUCCGCCGCAGAAAGGCGUGGGCCAACAAGCAGCAGAACGGGAACUCAAACCCUUCGGCGCAAGCUCAUCAGGACAACAAUAACAACAAUCACUCCUCCGACGAGGACCAAAGGUCGUCGUCGACCUCAUCGUCGUCCGAGUACAGCAACCUCGUCCACGAGAACAAGCGCCUCAAGAAGGAGAACGGGGCCUUGAGCUCCGAGCUCACCAGCAUGAAGCACAAGUGCAAGGAGCUUCUCGAGCUCGUCGCAAAGUACGCGCGACACGAGGGCGAGGGCGCCAAGGAAGAGGAGGAAGAGAAGGAAAACAACAAUAGCAGUGAAGGGUUGAAGUUGUUUGGGGUGAGAUUGGAGGUUAAGGGAGAUCAGAGAGGGGAGAGGAAGAGGAAAGGUGCAGGCAUUAGAGAGAGCGCAAGCAUUUUGCUCUCUCAGUCAUGCAAGUGAUGAUGAUAGUUCAAAAGGAUAUAUAUCGGAUUACAGAAUAGUGAGAAAUAAUCAUUCAGGGAAAAAAAAAAAAAGAGGCCACUAUGAUUUUAAGGAAGAAAGAAAUAGUGGCCAUAAGUUUUCUUAUAUAGAUGAUACAAUUCACUGUAUGAAUGUAUAUAUUGAAAUGCGAAUGUGAAAGUAGUUCGUGAAUCAAGCUAGAUGUGUAACUUUCUGCGGCAUCAAGUUGAAUAUUAGCAUAAUUCUA